CAAUUUGUGGAGACAUUAAAUUUUGACGAUAUGAACUUGAAACCGGCAUUGCUGCUUGGCAUCUUGGAUUGCGGAUUUUUUAAACCAUAUCCACUGCAGCAGCGAGUGCUAACAUCAUUUCUACAAGGUCGUGAUGUGGUAGUGCAAAGUCCCAAUCGGACCGGCAAAAAGACAACCUUUGCGCUGACUGUCCUCCAAAACAUCGAUGCCAGCAAUUCAGAGUGUCAAGCCUUAAUCCUUGUACCAUUCAAAGAAUCAGCGCAAGAAGUUCAAAGAGUGAUACAGACAGUGGGAAAAUUUACGGAAGCGAAAUGCCAUGUAAGUGUUGGCGGGACAAACAUUAUCAACGACAUGAUGGGACUGAACCGAGGUCGACAUAUUGUCGUGGGAACGACCGGUCGCAUCUGUGAUAUGAUAUCACGACGAUCGCUAAGAACACACGAUAUUAAAACGUUUGUGAUGAAUGAUGCCGAUGAACUUCUGAUGCGGGGCCUAUCCGAUCAAAUGUAUGAGAUCUUGAAGAACUUACCGGAAAGAGUUCAGAUGGUGGUGGCAGCCAAGACAAUAUCCUCUAAAGUUUUCGGGUUGAUGAGGCAUUUCAUGCGCGAUCCGGUUCGUUUAACGAUCGAAGCCGGUGUGGAAGAAGAGAAACCGGACUUAAGUGGAGUUCGACAAUUUUUCGUAACGGUGGACAUAAAGGAGCAGAAACUACGUAAGCUGUGUGAUUUGCUGACUGACAUUAGAGCGGAGCAGAGCGUUAUAUUUUGCAAUACCCGCGACGAGGUCGAUAUCCUGGUCCGACAACUAAGACAACCCACAGUUGCCGGAAUACAUGGCCACAUGCAUCAGAACGACCGGGAUGCAGUUUUCGAACGGUUUCACAAUGGCGCUUUCCCCGUCCUGGUAACGACCGAGCGUUAAGCGCUCAUCGUAUUUGAACGGAAGGUGAAUCUGGUGGUCAACUAUGAUCUCCCAGGUGACCGUGACAAAUACAUUCACCGGAUUGGCUUUGGCGGCCGGGACGGUAAGGAGCGAAAGGGAUGUGUCAUCAACUUUGUGACGACAGAUGAUUUGGCUUUUGUGAAGGACCUCGAGCGAUACUAUGGCACAAAAAUUGAAGAGUUGCCCGACGAUGUAGCUGAACUUCUUGGAUAAAAUAGCACAAACUAUUGAAAAAUUUAUUGUUACAUUUCAUAUGCUAGUCUACACUGCUUGCGUCAUGUUAGGGUAAGGAAAAAGCAAAGCAAAAGUCAUUUCCUAGUUGAAGUGCAAAUUCCGACUUCGCUUUACUGGAACAUAGUAGUGAAAUUUGGAGACUUCCGGCGGCGUUUUUCCGUAACUGCAAUUUGAGCGUAGCACAAAUUUUCCAGUUGGUCCUGGAGGAAAUCAAACAACAGUAUGGCAGGAUGAAAAACAAAAGGCCCAUCGUACUCCUCGCUCAUGGUGGUGUAUCUGAGCUCCCAUUCCGAAGGAGCU